CCACUUCUGCACUUUUCGAGCUCGUCGUCACUCGUCAGUCACCUGAUCUCGCGGCUCGCCUCCGAUGGAUGCCGUCGCCUUCGCCGCCUCCCCAAACCCUAGCCACGGGCCAUUCUACUCCUCCGCGCUGUUGUCCCCGCGGCCGCGGGCGGUGUGCUUCUCCGUCCGCGACCCGUGGCGGCGGCGGCUUCGCUCGCUCCCCGCGCUCCGAUCGCAGCCCCCCGAGCCCGCGCCGGCCUCCUCCGCCUCCCACCACGAUGUGGUGGUUGUCGGCGCAGGGAUCAUCGGGCUCUCCAUCGCGCGGCACCUCCUCCUCCACACCCCGCUCUCCGUCGCCGUCGCGGAAGCCGCCGUCCCGUGCACCGGCGCCACCGGCGCAGGGCAGGGGUACCUGUGGAUGUCGCACCGGACGCCCGGGAGUGACACGUGGGAGCUGGCGGUGCGGAGCAAGCAGCUCUGGGAGGAGCUCGCAGCCGAGGUGGAUAGCCUCGGGGGAGGCGGUGCGCGGGAGAGGCUGGGGUGGAUGAAGACAGGAAGCUUAUUAGUUGGGAGAACUUCUGAAGAGAUGGCUACAUUGGAGAAAAGGACCAAAGUUCUGUCUCAGGCAGGCAUACAUGCCGAAUACUUGUCUUCUGCUUCAUUGCAUGCAUUGGAACCAGAACUCUAUGUUGGACAAGAUGGGGGUGCUAUGUUCUUGCCCGAAGACUGCCAGAUUGAUGCAUUUCAGGCUGUCUCUAUGAUUGAAAAGACCAAUGGUUCUUAUUCCUCAGAAGGGAGAUAUCUGGAGCUCUAUAAUGAUCCUGCUGUGUCAUUAGUAAGAUCAGAGACUACUGGAACAGUUGAAGCUGUCCAAACAUCCAAGCACAUCUUAUAUGGAAGAAAAGCUAUUGUGAUUGCUUCUGGUGCCUGGACUCGAACCUUAUUGCAUAGUUUUCUUGAACCGAAUACUACAUUGGAUAUUCCUGUGAUGCCACGUAAGGGUCAUUUGCUCGUGUUGGAGAAAUUUGACAAGCUUAAGCUAAAUCAUGGACUAAUGGAGCUAGGAUAUGUUGGCCAUCAAGUUGCUAAGUCAAAUAGCACACCCAUAUCUUCAGAAUCCAGUGAAGACAAGCAUGGUGCUUUAUCCAUAUCAAUGACCGCAACAAUAAAUACAAAGGGAAAUUUAAUUCUAGGAAGCAGCCGAGAGUUUAAAGGUUUUUCCAGAGAAGUUGAUAAGUCAAUCCUUAAAUGUAUAUGGGACCGUGCAGCAGAGUUCUUUCCUACACUGAAGAAUGUUCAUCUUGAUAUUAAUGAGAACACUGAAAUCAGAAUCGGGCACCGCCCCUAUAUGCCCGAUGGGAAGCCAGUUAUUGGUUCUGUUCCUGAUCUGCCGAAUGUUUUGCUCGUGACAGGACAUGAAGGAAGUGGACUUGCUUUGGCACUAGGCACUGCUGAAAUGGUUACCGAUAUGAUUCUUGGGAAUCCUGGAAAAGUGGACUUCUCGCCGUUCUCCAUAAAAGGCAGGUUUUCAGGAUGACCAUUUAUCUGGAGCCCCAACUUCAGAUCCUCAAGUGUCAAACUGCCACUAUUGUCUUUGUCCAUCAUAUGGAACAUCUGAGUAUAUUUGUCCAUCUCCUCCACCGGUAAAUUCAUGGCAACGACCUUCAUCGGCAGAUGCUUCACAGUGAGGAAGUGUAACUCUUUUUGAAGAAAACAAGAAUAAUAGCAGCAGGUUUCUCUGCAACUUACUCCAAGUGCCUUCUUUUUGAACUUACUCAUGGCUGAGAAUUGCUUCAGCCUGGAUCGAACCACCUCUCCAAGCGAUACGUUUGGAGCCUUAUCGGCAUUCUUGAGCCAAGGAUGCUCUGUUUUGCAGGAGGAAUAACAAUUAACAGUCUUGAAUUCAGUAUGUAGCGCUGCUUACUGUGCAUUGUUAAACUCUCCCUUUUUAUCACAAUAAUGUCAAAGGCAUAGCGAAAUUUAUAGCUUUGGAUAUGGAUGUGAACUUGAAUUUGAACUUAAUGAAGGUCUUUGUUACCAAGCACUUCCUUUGCUGUC